AUGUCCUCUGCCGACGCUGCUCAGAUGGAGCAUGCCUCAAUGGCCGAUGUUGCGCGCAAUAGAAAUAUUCAGAGCCAUGUCUCUUCUCACACACUCAGCAAGUCGCCAAAAGAGCCUCCUGUGUGUCCUACGGACCAGGAGGCUGUAGCACCAAAGGCACAAAUGAACAGCUUUGAAUAUGUGUGGAAAUCUGGAGUUGCGGGUGGUUUAGCUGGCUGCGCUGGCAAAACUGUCGUUGCGCCAUUGGAUCGAGUAAAGAUCCUCUUCCAGGCCAGCAAUCCACGGUUCGCAAAAUAUACAGGAUCAUGGGUUGGUGUCGCAAGCGCCAUGAAGGACAUCCAUAGAUAUGAAGGCAUCACUGGACUCUACCGUGGACACUCAGCGACUUUACUACGAAUCUUUCCUUACGCCGGUAUCAAAUUCCUCGCAUACGAACAAAUUCGAGCCAUUAUUAUACCCGAUAAACACCAUGAGACACCAAUGAGAAGACUCCUCAGUGGAAGUUUGGCUGGUGUCACCUCCGUCUUUUUCACAUAUCCUUUAGAAGUUAUGAGAGUACGACUUGCCUUCGAGACUAAACGUGACGGCCACUCUUCUUUGUCAUCAAUAUGUCGUCAGAUUUACAACGAGCAACCCGUUCAGAAAACAACCGCGACUCGACUACCUAAUGCGCCUGUAACAGUAACUGCUGCAGCGGAAGCGACAGCAGCGACAGUUGGCGCCAUUGCUCCUCAAACAGGACUUAUCAACUUUUACCGAGGUUUCGCUCCCACCGUUAUGGGCAUGCUUCCAUAUGCGGGCAUGUCUUUCUUAACUCACGAUACUGUUGGUGAUAUCCUCCGAUCGCCUCGUUUUGCGAAGCACACGACAUUACCGAAAAAGGCAAACCACCCUGAAGGAAAGCCAGCCCCCUUACGAUCAUGGGCCGAGCUCACUGCUGGUGGAAUCGCCGGUUUGAUCUCUCAAACGGCGUCAUAUCCUCUUGAAGUCAUUCGACGACGAAUGCAAGUUGGCGGUGCUGUUGGUGACGGCCGUCGAUUGAGGAUAGGAGAGACCGCUGGUAUGAUCUUCCGAGAGAGGGGUAUUCCUGGUUUCUUUGUUGGCCUCACCAUUGGAUACGUCAAGGUGUUCCCAAUGGCGGCGGUCGCAUUCUACACGUAUGAGCGCAUGAAGCUUGUCUUUGGCAUAUAG